UGGAGAGGCUCCAAUCUAGACCGAGCGUUUGUGAUCUAAUUAAGUAGCGGUACGUUCACAAAAAUUACUGUUUAACGUUACUAUACAAGGCUGCCAUAACACAUUGUGCAAAGCUCAUGGGGACAUUUUUUUUGUCGCCGAUUUCUGCUCCAAGCCACAGGGACUCGCGCGGGACAGUUGCUCAGCAACUCCUGCAAAAGACAACCUUUUUUCACAGUCACUCACUGCUUGAAGCUCUGACGCAAGCGUGACGUUAAUGAAGUGUGUUUUAUUUUUUUUCAUGGCAAGGGAGCUUUCGAAACGAGUUUAGAGUUAGAGGUUUCAUACCAAGACUUAUCCUGCGUUAUCGAAAUAUGCUGAUGAAACAAAUCGUGCGCCUUUCUUAGGAAGUAGAGGUGCGCACAUAUCACUGGAGUAUUCCAACAGAACAGGUGGAUGCGUUGUAGUCUUCGUUAGAUUAUCUGUGAAGGUGUGCACUAUUAACGGAGACCUAAUCCUGGGAGUGGACAAUAGGCUUAUUCAGUCCCUGGGUGCCUCUGGCGCCAUGGUGGUUUCAUCCGAUGGCUCUCCACCAAGCCCCCCUUAUCCUGGGGUGUCGGUUCAGGUCGGUUUCUAUGAAGUCAUCAGGACGCUGGGAAAGGGAAAUUUCGCAGUGGUGAAGCUGGCUCGUCACAAAGUCACAAAAACCCAGGUGGCCAUUAAAAUAAUUGAUAAGACCAGACUGGAGCCCUCUGAGUUGAAGAAGAUCUACAGAGAAGUGGAGGUCAUGAAGCUUCUGGACCAUCCUCACAUUAUCAAGCUCUAUCAGGUCAUGGAAACUAAUGACAUGUUGUACAUGGUGAUGGAGUAUGCCAGGAAUGGAGAGAUGUUUGACCUCCUUUCAUCAUCGGGGCGGCUGUGUGAAAGCGAAGCUCGGAAAAAGUUUUGGCAGAUCCUGCUGGCAGUGGACUACUGCCACUGCAACCACAUCGUCCACAGAGACUUGAAGGCAGAAAACCUACUGCUGGACUCCAACAUGGACGUCAAAGUAGCAGACUUUGGAUUUGGAAACUUCUUCAGAAAAGGAGAAUUUUUGUCCACUUGGUGUGGGUCUCCGCCGUACGCUGCCCCAGAAGUGUUUGAAGGAAGAGAGUAUGAAGGGCCACCUCUAGAUAUUUGGAGUUUGGGAGUGGUGCUGUAUGUAAUGGUGUGUGGCGUCCUGCCUUUUGAAGGCCCCUCCCUGCCUGCGCUCAGUCAGAGGGUCCGGGAGGGCCGCUUCCGCAUCCCCUUCUUCAUGUCUCAGGAAUGCGAGAACCUGGUCCGGAGAAUGUUGGUAAUUGACCCGGCAAAGCGGAUCACAGUGGCCCAGAUCAAAAAGCAUCGCUGGAUGAAGGUGGACGCCCCUGUCUCAGCAGCCCUUCCAGAGAAGCCACAGCAUACCCCGACCCCUGAAGGUGGGUCCUGUCUGGAGGAGGACUUCAACGAGCCAGUCCUGGGCCUUAUGCAGAUUCUGGGAAUCGACAGGCAGAGGACUAUUGAGUCUCUUCAGAGCAGCAGCUACAACCAUUUCUCAGCCAUCUAUCGCCUCAUGCUGGAGAAGGUGAAAGAGCUCCGUUCUCUCCGUCACCCGGCAAACGUUGACGCGGCGCUCCUCACCCCCGACCCCCCGCGACAGACCCGCACCGGUGAGGAGGAUCAAGAACGCAAUCAGGUGGGGGACGCACACGAAGACGUGGGCCGAGAGGUUGAAGGGGCCACACCCCUCUCCUCACACCCCUCCCGCAGGCACACCGUGUCCGAGGUGACUGUCGACCUCCAGGAGUGUAGUCCACCUUGUAUUGAGGUAAACUCGUCGGACGAAGGUUCUUCAGACGUUUUCUCUUCUUGUUCCUUCUCGUGUUCCCCUGUCAGUUCCGCCCUGCUCAGCCCUGUCGAAGACCUCUUCACGUCAGCCCUUGCCACGGUGGAAGGUGCGGAGACCCUUAGCCCCCCAGAGUCCCCCCCAGCUCUGGCCCUGGCUCUGUCGUCCACGCUGCAGGAGUCACCCCAGGACAGCCUCCCGAGCUUCCAAGAGGGUCGCAGAGCCUCCGACACCGGGGCUCUCACGCAGGGUCUCAGGGUAUUCCGCCAGCAGCUGAGGAAAGAGGCCCGCGCCAAAGGCCUGCUGGGACUGAACAAGAUCAAUGGCCCUGGGGUUCAGCCCGGGUGGUCCCCCCUAGCCUCAGGCCCUUUGCCCUGCCCAGCACCCUGCCACCCAGCCUGGAGGGCCCAAGACCUCUCCCCCAGUGUCCCCACCACCCCACUGUCAGAAGAAGGUUUCCAGCAGCAGAGAGUGAUCCAGAUUCCUCUGUGCCACAUCCGCCCGAACACCACUCUUCCUCCUGACCUCUCCUCCUCUUCCUUCCAGCCAGCCCAUCUCCUCCUGUCUCCACCCUCAGCUCUUAACGUUGAUGCUCCUUCUCAUCCUCUCAUUGGCCUGUUAUCCACACACACUCAAACACAUAACUUCCUCACAUGCUCCUUUAAACAGAACCAUCCUCUACACCCACAGAAACACCCACAACCUCAGCCACACCCACAACCACCUGCACAACUACAGACACAGCCACACCCACUGUCAUACCAACUGCCACACCCAGAGUCAUACCUACAGCUAAAACAACAGCCACACUCACAGCCAUACCAACAGCCACACCCACAACCACACCCACAGUUAUACCAACAGCCACACCAGCAGUCAUACCAACAGCCACUCCUACAACCACACCCACAGUCAUACCAACACCCACAGUCCUACCUAUCUCACUGUGUUGAACAACCGCUAGACUUAUCCCUUUCUUCCACCUCUUCAUCCACGUCUUUGGCCAUGGUGGUGUCCACGGCCCACCUCUUGGAGACCCAUCUCCAAAUCAGCCUGCCUCGAACCCAGAACCCCACUCCGGGGUUCUCUGACCUUCAUCACUUCCCUGUUCGGUCCCAGUACCCCCACCCAAACACCCAGAGUCACCCUCAAGAAAUACAUCCCCACAACCACCCAAACACCCAGAAUCAUCCUCAGCUACUACACCCCAACACCCACCCAGACCCCCAGAGUUACCCUCAACUACACUCCAACACUCACCCAGACCCCCAGAGUUACCCUCAACAACUACAAUCCAACACUCACCCAGACCCCCAGAGUUACCCUCAACAACUACACUCCAACACUCACCCAGACCCCCAGAGUUACCCUCAACAACUACACUCCAACACUCACCCAGACCCCCAGAGUUACCCUCAACAACUACACUCCAACACUCACCCAGACCCCCAGAGUUACCCUCAACAACUACACCCCAAUGUCCACCCAGACCCCCAGAGUUACCCCCAAAAACAACAACUCAGCAACCACCCGGACCCCCAGAGUUACCCUCAAAAACAACACCCCAACAACCACCCGGACCCCCAGAGUUACCCUCAACAACUACAGUUUCAAUCAGAACACCUACACCCCAAUAGUCACCAAGACUUUCAGCCUCAGUCUCAACAACUGCACCCCCAACAACACCUGAAUCCCCAGCCUGAGAAUCAACACUUCCCCUCUGUCAUUCACCAAGACCCUCGCAACCAUCCAGAUCAUCGGUCUCAGCCUUAUUUACUGCACUCUCACUCUGACCCCCACUCUCAGCCCAGGCCGCGGGCCAACCAUCGCACCUACACCCACUCCCAGAGCGCCAGGCGGCCCCAGCUCCAGCGCCAGGCACGUCUGCCUCCGUGCCCAGUAGGGAGAAUGGAUACUGGGUACAGCUCAUAGGAAACACCCAGGACUAUAGGCCUUAAAACAGUUGGACAUAAAGGCUAGCAUUAGGACUCAGAGACUGGAGAAAUGGACAGGGGAAUGGUGUGUCAGACUGAGGUCUCCAAUGAGUCAGUGGCACUAUGCUUCAGUAACUGUGGAAAGUGAAACAGAAACAAGUUCCAGGAAGCAAGACUUCUAGUAUUUCCCAGUCUUGUUACUAACUAGGUUCGUUGGAAGUUGUGGUCUGUUUUCAGUGUAGUUUGAACAACUUGUGCCUUUUCGAACACAUCUUGUGACACGGUAUUUAAUAGUUAUGAUUCACAGAACUGCUUUUCCAAUAACAAAAUCUUAAUUGUAUUUGUUUCAAUUUGUUAAAAUUUGCUUACAUUUUGUUUUAUCUCAUUUGAGUUACAUACUAUUUCACAUAUUAUUUAAUAUUUGGUUGGACAAUUUUUUAGGAUGUGUCACAGAAAUUGUAUACACUAUUUAAAUAAGAGUGUAAUUAUUGUUAUUUUGAAUGUUUGAUACAUUAUUGUUUAUAUGGGAGACUUGUUGUUUCCAUAAGAAUGAAGCUGAAAUGUAUUUUAUGCAAUGAAGUGAAAACAAUUCAGAAGUGAAAACAAUUCAGAAAGGAAAGAGUAGACAUCCAAACAUUUAAGUCAUUUAGGAGAUGCUCUUAUCCCGAGUGACUGUUUGCAUACGUUUUACACACCAGCCCCCUGUUGAACUUAAACCCAUAAUCCUAGCCAUGCUCUAACACAUGAGUUACACAGGAUCCAUCAGAUGAAUCAAACCAACACUGCCUACCUUAGCUUGACAGUAAUUAAAGUUGACCAGUUCGUCACACUCUGCUCAUUGCUGUUGCUGUAAAUAUUGCUUUUGGCUAGCACAUCCACCACUUACCCCAGCCUCUAUCUGUCCCUCUCUGCUUUUCUUCUGUCAGGGGAAUUGGCAUAACCAUAUAUUAAUAUAUGUAUUUAAUAAACAUUGCUUUUACGCUAAGCUCCCCUGAAGAGCAGGGCCUAACGCCAAGGCCAAAU